CCCAAAGCCCUCACCAUGUACUUCAAGGAGAUCCAGCGCCACUUCGGUGUGUCCUACAGCCAGAUCGCCUGGGUUUCCUCCAUCAUGAUGGCCGUUAUGUAUGCAGGAGGUCCAGUGAGCAGUGUGUUGGUGAACCGUUACGGCAGCAGGCCCGUGGUCAUCACGGGAGGCCUCAUGUGCAGCGUGUCCAUGGUGGCGGCUUCCUUCAGCAGCACCAUCACACACUUGUACAUAUGCAUCGGGAUCGUCGGAGGUCUUGGACUUUCUUUCAACCUCCAGCCGUCCCUGACUAUAAUAGGGAAGUACUUCCAGGUCAGGAGGCCCAUCGCCAAUGGCCUCGCCAUGGCAGGAAGUCCGGUUUUCCUCUGUACUCUGGCACCGCUGAACCAGUUCCUGUUUGAACGUUUUGGAUGGAGGGGAAGCUUCUUUAUCCUUGGGGCCAUGCUGCUGAACUGCUGUGUUGCCGGAUCGCUAAUGAGACCACUGAUUAAUGGUAGGGAUCCAAAAACUUGUGAAAAUGGAACCCAGGUGCAAACCAAAGAGAAGAGGAACUGCUUGGAGAGUGUCAGCUGCUUCAUGGACCUUUCUCUCUUCCGGCACCGUGGUUUUAUCAUCUACCUAAUAGGAAACAUACUAAUGUUCUUUGGCUUUUUUGCCCCAAUGAUCUUCUUGGCACCAUACGCCAAACACCGCGGCAUGGACGAGUACUCGGCCGCCAGCUUGCUCUCUGCACUGGCGCUCGUGGACAUGUUUGCCCGUCCAGGCACGGGUCUGCUCGCCAACACCGCCCGUGUGAGGCCCAGGGUCCAGUACCUCUUCAGCUUUGCCAUUACCUACAACGGUGUGUGCCACCUGCUGUGCCCACUGGCUUCCGGUUACUGGGGGUUAGUGGUGUAUGCAGUGUGUUAUGGCGUGGUUUAUGGCAUGGUGUGCGCCCUGCUCUUCGAGUGCCUCAUGGACGUGGUAGGACCGAGCAAGUUCUCAAGCGCCGUGGGACUAGUCACCAUCUUCGAGUGCUGCCCGGUUCUGCUUGGACCACCCAUUGCAGGUGCUCUGGUGGACAUGUUCGGUGACUACAGCUACAUGUUCUACAUGUGUGGUGCUGUGCUGCUCACUGCCGGCCUUUUCCUCUUCGCCAUGAACUACUACAACUACAGACGGAAGGACGCGGUGCGGCGCGCUCAGGAGAACGGCGCUGAGCUAGCUGACAGGAACCUGCAGAACGAGCUGACGCACGGAGACACUCGGACUAGUGACCGAAUGCAGGGAGGAGACGGACAAAGCCAGGGCUCUGGGAAACCUGGGGUCAGAGCAGAGACUGAAGAUAUCCCAGUGUAAGAGAAUGAUAUAUACCCAAAUAGCCCUAAUAUAGCA